ACCACACUUAAUACUGUGCCAUAAAGUAGAUUUUGAGGAGUGAAAUAAAGGAGCUAUGAGGAAACGUGAGGUGCUCCGUAAAACAUCAGAAGCUUUGAAGACCAUCCUGAAGAUUAUAUAGCAGACAAUAUAUCAAGGAUCUAUUUAUUGAGUUCAUCUAGGACAAAAGCCAGGAGCUCCCUAAUGUAAUCACAUUAAAGUUUGUUUCCAGGCAGAAAUAUAUAGAUUUUUUAAUAACCAUAAGGUUAUUAAAAGGUAGAUAGCUCAGUCCAGAGAUUCUAUUUUGAAAGAUGUCAUUGAAUAACUCUGCCAACAUAUUUCUGGAUUCGGUGCCCAGUACUACCAGUCGCUUUCAAGUUAAUGUCAUAAGCGAGGGCCAGGAGAGCUGUACCGCUGCUAAUGAUGACAGCGACCCGCCCCACUAUGAGGAGACUUCUUUUGGGGACGAAACCCAGAGCAGAUUGAGAAUCAGCUUUAGGCCCGGCAAUCAGGAAUGCUAUGACAAUUUCCUGCAAAAUGGAGAAACUGCUAAAACAGACUCCAGUUUUCACGCCUACGAUUCCCACACAAACACAUACUACCUACAAACCUUUGGCCACAAUACCAUGGAUGCGGUUCCGAAGAUUGAGUACUACCGUAACACCGGCAGCGUCAGCGGGCCCAAGGUCAACAGACCCAGCCUGCUGGAGAUUCACGAGCAACUGGCCAAGAAUGUGACCGUGGCCCCAGGUUCAGCAGACAGGGUCGCUAACGGCGAUGGGAUGCCCGCAGAGGAGCCAGGGGACAGCAAAGCGGAAGACACAGCUGGUGUCGUGAAGUUUGGCUGGGUGAAAGGUGUGCUGGUCAGAUGCAUGCUGAACAUCUGGGGAGUCAUGCUCUUCAUUCGCCUGUCCUGGAUCGUAGGAGAAGCUGGAAUUGGUCUUGGAGUUAUCAUAAUUCUUCUUUCCACCAUGGUAACUUCUAUUACUGGGUUGUCAACUUCUGCAAUAGCAACUAACGGGUUUGUUCGUGGAGGUGGAGCCUACUAUCUCAUUUCCAGGAGCUUAGGGCCCGAGUUUGGUGGGUCAAUAGGCUUGAUCUUUGCAUUUGCCAACGCAGUAGCAGUUGCUAUGUAUGUGGUGGGAUUUGCUGAGACGGUAGUAGAUCUUCUUAAGGAGAGUGACUCCAUGAUGGUGGACCCGACCAAUGACAUCCGGAUCAUAGGCUCCAUCACUGUGGUGAUCCUUUUAGGGAUUUCCGUCGCAGGAAUGGAAUGGGAAGCAAAGGCUCAAGUGAUUCUUCUGGUCAUUCUUCUGAUUGCAAUUGCAAACUUCUUCAUUGGAACUGUCAUUCCGUCCAACAAUGAGAAGAAGUCCAGAGGCUUCUUUAAUUACCAAGCGUCCAUAUUUGCGGAGAAUUUUGGACCAAGCUUCACUAAGGGGGAAGGGUUCUUCUCCGUCUUCGCCAUUUUCUUCCCAGCAGCUACUGGAAUCCUCGCUGGUGCCAACAUCUCGGGAGAUUUGGAGGACCCCCAAGAUGCCAUCCCUAGAGGGACCAUGCUGGCCAUUUUCAUCACGACUGUGGCUUACCUGGGGGUUGCUAUCUGUGUGGCGGCCUGUGUGGUCCGAGAUGCCACCGGAAGCAUGAAUGACACCAUCAUCUCCAGCAUGAACUGCAAUGGGUCUGCAGCCUGCGGGCUGGGCUACGACUUCUCAAGAUGUCGACAUGAGCCGUGUCAGUAUGGGCUGAUGAACAACUUCCAGGUCAUGAGCAUGGUGUCAGGGUUUGGCCCCCUCAUCACUGCUGGAAUCUUUUCGGCGACGCUGUCCUCCGCCCUGGCCUCCCUGGUCAGUGCCCCCAAGGUAUUCCAGGCUCUGUGCAAGGACAACAUCUUCAAAGGCCUCCAGUUCUUUGCAAAGGGAUACGGGAAAAACAACGAGCCCCUGAGAGGAUACUUGCUCACCUUUGUGAUAGCCAUGGCGUUUAUUCUCAUUGCCGAGCUGAACGUCAUUGCACCCAUCAUCUCCAACUUUUUCUUGGCUUCGUAUGCACUUAUUAAUUUCUCCUGCUUCCAUGCCUCUUAUGCCAAAUCGCCAGGAUGGAGGCCCGCCUAUGGGAUUUACAACAUGUGGGUAUCUCUUUUUGGAGCUAUUUUGUGCUGUGCUGUCAUGUUUGUCAUCAACUGGUGGGCAGCUGUCAUCACCUAUAUCAUUGAGUUAUUCCUCUAUAUCUACGUGACUUAUAAGAAACCAGAUGUGAACUGGGGCUCAUCCACACAGGCGCUUUCCUAUGUGAGUGCUUUAGACAACGCUCUGGAGUUAACCACGGUGGAAGACCACGUGAAGAACUUCAGGCCGCAGUGCAUUGUCCUAACAGGGGCACCCAUGACGAGACCUGCCCUCUUGGACAUAACACAUGCCUUUACCAAGAACAGUGGCCUGUGCAUCUGCUGUGAAGUCUUCGUGGGCCCACGCAAGCUGUGUGUUAAGGAGAUGAACAGCGGCAUGGCUAAAAAGCAGGCCUGGCUUAUAAAGAACAAAAUCAAGGCUUUUUAUGCUGCAGUGGCAGCAGACUAUUUCAGAGACGGUGUCCGCAGUCUCCUUCAGGCCUCGGGCUUAGGGAGAAUGAAGCCAAACACUCUGGUGAUUGGAUAUAAAAAAAACUGGAGGAAAGCUCCCUUGACAGAGAUUGAGAACUACGUGGGAAUCAUCCAUGACGCAUUUGACUUUGAGAUUGGCGUGGUCAUCGUCAGAAUCAGCCAAGGGUUUGACAUCUCUCAGGUUCUUCAGGUGCAAGAUGAACUGGAGAAGCUGGAGCAGGAGAGGCUGGCGCUGGAAGCCACCAUCAAGGACAGCGAGUGUGAGGAAGGAGGCGGGGGCAUCCGAGGCUUGUUUAAAAAAGCCGGCAAGCUGAACAUCACCAAGCCAGCUCCUAAAAAAGAAAGCAGCAUUAACACCAUCCAGUCGAUGCAUGUGGGGGAGUUCAACCAGAAACUGGUGGAAGCCAGCACUCAGUUCAAAAAGAAACAAGGAAAAGGAACAAUUGAUGUCUGGUGGCUGUUUGAUGAUGGAGGGUUAACACUGCUUAUCCCCUAUAUCUUGACUCUUAGAAAAAAGUGGAAAGACUGUAAAUUACGGAUCUACGUGGGAGGGAAGAUCAACCGCAUUGAAGAAGAAAAAAUUGCCAUGGCUUCUCUCCUGAGCAAAUUUAGGAUAAAAUUUGCAGACAUCCACAUCAUCGGUGACAUCAACAUUAAGCCCAACAAAGAGAGCUGGAAAGUCUUUGAAGAGAUGAUUGAACCAUAUCGUCUCCAUGAAAGCUGCAAAGAUUUAACAACUGCUGAGAAAUUAAAAAGAGAAACUCCGUGGAAAAUUACAGAUGCAGAGCUGGAAACAGUUAAAGAAAAGAGCUACCGCCAGGUUCGACUGAACGAGCUCUUACAGGAGCACUCGAGAGCGGCCAAUCUCAUCGUCCUGAGUCUUCCUGUGGCGAGAAAAGGAUCCAUAUCGGAUUUGCUGUAUAUGGCUUGGCUAGAAAUACUCACCAAGAACCUCCCUCCUGUCUUACUGGUUAGAGGAAAUCACAAAAAUGUUCUGACAUUUUAUUCUUAAGACAUGAAAGGUGAGAAUACAUGUCCACUGGCUGUAGGAAUAAUUUAAAAAACAUGUGCCAGUACUUCACAUUAUAAAAUCCGAUCUAUGGAUAUGCAAACCUCUGGAGACAAGCCUACCAGAUUCUACAUAAAUUUUCUGUAUUUUUUUAUUAGUCAGUGGGAACUUUUUUAUCUCCCUCUAUCAACUAAAAGGAGCAUCUAAGCCAAUGUUACUACUACAAAAAAAAAAUCACUUUUGUCAUUGCUGUUGGUAAAUAAGAAAUUAAUCUAAGCCAUGCUAGCUAAUGCUCCUGAGAACGACCAGGGUGACUGCAAGCUCCCCCAAGCAGGUUCCCUCUUUUGUUUUUAAUGGCAUUUGCAGUGGGGCCCUGGUUCAGGCCUCAGCCCACAGCAGGUCUCAAUAACUCGUAUUGACAGGCUGGUUCCAUGACAUGGGCAGUCAUGAAAGGAAAAGAGCAAGCAGGUAGGAUCCGUGAUAGCCUGUGGCCUCCUGAGAGGCCUGUGACUACAAAGAAGAUUUAAAAAUCAAUAGCUGAAAACUUUCAGAAGCGCUGGAGUCUACAACAUGUUUAAAGCAGUUACCUAAAUAGGGUUUAUUUCAAGUAAUAGAUAAUAUACUUAAAGAGAUCUGAGAGAUCGUUGAUAACACACAGCUUGAAUUUGCCACAAACUGGAGGUAUAUUAACUGGGUCAGAAGGGAACGUAUUCCAAUUACAGUCACACUUGGGUACUCAACUGCUUUGAAACUCCUCAAAUUUGGUACAAGAUGCUUUCUGAUACAAAAAUUUUGUCCUGCGGCUGGGGAUUUAGCUCAGCGGCACAGCGCCUGCCUGGCAAGCGCAAGGUCGUGAGUUUGAUUCCCGGUACCGGAA